AUGUCAGACAGUGAAGAAUUUGAUUCAUUAAAAGUAAUUGAACUUCAAAAUGAACUUAAAAAACGUGGUCUUGAUACAAAAGGACGUAAAGUGGAUUUAAUUGAACGAUUACGACAAGCAGUUAAUAGUGAAACUGAAGGUGAUACAACAAGACAGAAUUCUAUGUUUACUGAUGAUGAAUCAGUUGCAGCUGUAAUAAAUGAUGAUAUAAUAUCUUCAUCAAUUGUUCGUUGA